GCGCUGAGGGGGCGGAGAGGCCGGGUGUGCGCGGCGGGCGAGGGGCGGAGCCGGAGGCCGAGCCCCAUCCGAGCUGGAGCCGACGGGCGGCGGCUGCACUCGGACCGGGACUUCGCGCGCUGCCCCCGAUUCUCCUCUGAGGAACCUGGAAAGAUUGUGCAAUGAAUGGUGACACCCAGGCUGCAGUGGUGACCUCACCACCCCCAACCACAGCCCCGCACAAGGAGAGGUACUUUGACAGGGUAGAUGAGAACAAUCCGGAAUACUUGCGGGAGAGGAACAUGGCACCAGACCUUCGCCAGGACUUCAAUAUGAUGGAGCAAAAGAAGAGAGUGUCCAUGAUUCUGCAAAGUCCUGCUUUCUGUGAAGAAUUGGAAUCAAUGAUACAGGAACAAUUUAAGAAGGGGAAGAAUCCCACAGGCCUAUUGGCAUUACAGCAGAUUGCAGAUUUUAUGACCACAAAUGUACCGAACGUCUACCCAGCAGGUCCACAAGGAGGGAUGGCUGCCUUAAACAUGAGUCUUGGUAUGGUGACCCCUGUAAAUGACCUUAGAGGAUCUGAUUCGAUUGCAUAUGACAAAGGGGAGAAGUUAUUGCGAUGUAAAUUGGCAGCAUUUUACAGACUAGCAGAUCUCUUUGGGUGGUCUCAGCUUAUCUACAAUCAUAUCACUACCAGAGUGAACUCCGAGCAGGAACACUUCCUCAUUGUACCUUUUGGACUUCUUUACAGUGAAGUGACUGCAUCCAGUUUGGUUAAGAUCAACCUACAAGGAGAUAUAGUAGAUCGUGGAAGUACUAAUCUAGGGGUGAAUCAAGCUGGCUUCACGUUACAUUCUGCAAUUUAUGCUGCACGACCUGAUGUGAAGUGUGUUGUGCACAUUCACACACCCGCAGGGGCCGCGGUCUCUGCGAUGAAAUGUGGCCUCUUGCCAAUCUCGCCGGAGGCGCUUUCCCUUGGAGAAGUGGCUUAUCAUGAAUAUCAUGGCAUUCUGGUUGAUGAGGAGGAAAAAGUUUUGAUUCAGAAAAAUUUGGGGCCUAAAAGCAAGGUUCUGAUUCUCCGGAAUCAUGGGCUCGUAUCAGUUGGAGAGAGUGUUGAGGAGGCCUUCUAUUACAUCCAUAACCUUGUGGUUGCCUGUGAGAUCCAGGUUCGAACUCUGGCCAGCGCCGGAGGACCAGACAACUUAGUCCUGCUAGAUCCUGGGAAGUACAAAGCCAAAUCCCGCGCUCCGGAGUCUCCAGCAGGAGAAGGCACAGGAUCGCCUCCCAAGUGGCAGAUUGGUGAGCAAGAAUUUGAAGCCCUCAUGCGGAUGCUUGAUAAUCUGGGCUACAGAACUGGCUACCCUUAUCGAUACCCUGCUCUGAGAGAGAAAUCUAAAAAGUACAGUGAUGUGGAGGUUCCUGCUAGUGUCACAGGCUACUCCUUUGCUAGUGAUGGUGAAUCAGGCACUUGCUCCCCUCUCAGACACAGUUUUCAGAAGCAGCAGCGAGAGAAGACAAGGUGGCUGAACUCUGGCCGGGGUGACGAACCUUCUGAAGAAGGGCAGAAUGGAAGCAGUCCCAAGUCGAAGACUAAGGUGUGGACGAACAUUACACACGAUCACGUGAAACCCUUGCUGCAGUCUCUCUCGUCCGGUGUCUGCGUGCCAAGCUGUAUUACCAACUGCUUGUGGAUGAAAGAGGAUGGUCAUAGAACUUCCACCUCUGCUGUCCCUAACCUGUUUGUUCCAUUGAACACUAACCCAAAAGAGGUCCAGGAGAUGAGGAACAAGAUCCGAGAGCAGAACUUACAGGACAUUAAAACAGCUGGCCCUCAGUCCCAGGUUUUGUGUGGUGUAGUGAUGGACAGGAGCCUCGUCCAGGACGCACCCCUCUCUGACUGUACGGAAACUAUCGAAGGGCUCGAGCUUACAGAGCAGACCUUUAGUCCCGCUAGAUCUCUCUCUUUUAGAAAGGGGGAGCUGGUGACGGCCUCCAAGGCCAUCAUUGAGAAAGAGUACCAGCCCCACGUCAUUGUGAGCACCACGGGCCCCAACCCCUUCAACACGCUCACGGACCGGGAGCUGGAGGAAUACCGCAGGGAGGUGGAGCGCAAGCGGAAGGGCUGUGCAGAGAAUCUGGAUGAGACGACAGAGCAGAAAGAAAAGAGUCCUCCAGACCAGUCCGCUGUCCCGCACACGCCCCCCAGCACGCCCAUCAAGCUCGAGGAAGACCUUCCACAGGAGCCGACUUCUGGAGACGACAGUGACGCUGCCACCUUCAAGCCGACUCUCCCUGACCUGUCCCCUGACGAGCCUUCAGAAGCGCUUGGCUUCCCGGUGUUAGAGGAGGAGGAGGAGGAAGCCUUUGGACCCCCAAGCCCCACCAAAGCCCCCACUGAGGCCAGCCCUGAGCCAGCGCCAGCCCCGGUGGCUGGAGAGGCUGCCUCCGCCACUGUGGAGGAGGGGGCUGCCGUGGACCCUGGCAGUGAGGGGUCCCCGGGCAAGUCCCCAUCCAAGAAGAAGAAGAAGUUCCGCACCCCGUCCUUCCUGAAGAAGAGCAAGAAGAGGAGUGAUUCCUGAAGGCCACACGGCACCGUCGUGUCCCAGGCCUCCCUGGCUCUGCCGGAGUCCCCGCUUGCGUCUCGUGUUCUGUCCCCUCGUGUAAUGGAAUGCAAAGAGCCACGCCCCCCACGUAGCUAGAGCGUCCGACCCACGUGCCCAGCCCUGUGCAGACCGGUGCCAACUGAGUGUGUGCUCAGCCGCCCCGCUGCGCCCCCACGGGCCCUCGGCCUCAGGCUCUGGGGAGACUUGGGCUCCACUUGCUCUCGCCAUGGGUGGAGGGGGGUGCUGAGUCAUGGUCCUGGCUGGAAGGUCCCCGAGGCUUCUGCCUACUCUGGUUACAGGCUUCACCCCCAGAGCCUUGACUUCCUAUCGCUCGGCUUCCCCCUUCACCCACAGCGUCUCAGGUGACUCAGUCAGACUCGUGGCUUCCCGCUGGCAUCAUCUUACUCUUGUACACGUAGGCUUGGUCCCCUGAAAAUACUCACAUGCCCGCCAACAGCCCUGGGCACCAUGGUCACUUUGAGGUAGCAGGUCUGGGCUGGACGCUGGGCAGGAAACCCAGUGUGGCACAUAGGCCUGUGCACACCCAGCCAACACUGUGCGCGGUCUGACUGAUUACCCCUCGACCAGAAGCAGAUUCAGGAGCUCCUAGUUUCCACCCACGGGGGUCUCUGGAUUCCUGUCAUAGGGAAGGUAUUUCGGGAGGGGAGGAGUCCUUGCUUGAAUUUUCUUUCAGUGAGUUUGCAGUUCAACCUGCGUUUUUAACUGUGAACACCAAUGGGCCACUUUUUGCUUUGUUUUCUUUCUAGAGCCUGCAGCAGACUGCAUUUGAGCACUGUUUACCUAUACUGGGGAAGGUUUCGGAACUGAGUAGGGAUGCCCGGGUGUUGAUAAAAGGGAGUUCAAGGUAGAGUUGGCCCUGACGGUCCCUAACAUCUUGCGUCAUAUGUGGCACUGUAACUUGCUCUCCUUGACUGACAUUUGUGAAUUUUCACAUCUCUGGCCGAGAGCUUGAAGCAGCCUGUAGGGAACUGGCAGGUGGCCAUGUGGAGUCCUUGAGGGAAACCCACUCCAGGAGCUGCCUGGUUCCAGCCUGACUAGCAGCGGGCAAGCCUUAGCCCCAGAUAGGUCUGCAGUGGGAGGAGGCCCCUGGCAGAGCUGGUGCCCGAUGUUGGCUUGGGUCCUGGGCCACCUCUGAUCUCACUGACUCAACACCCAAGCAAGACCUGAGGCUGGCUGUAUGGCACUGACCGCUGCUUCGAGCUUCCCUGGACCCUGCAGGGCCUGCUCCACUCGUAAGCAAGCUGCUUCUCUUCUGUGUACCGUUACAUUGCCAAGGUGGUACUGAAGUUCUGCACCUCACCUACUCCACCUGACCAUGGACUCUUCCUUGUAUCCCUUCCUUUUAUCCCACAUAUGCAAUGACUUAAUUUUCACUUUUGUAGUUUCUUUGUAUUACUACAUGAACUAUAGUUGCAUAUAUGGACACAGACUUGGGAGGACAGGUCUUAUAUGUCCUUUCUUCAUUGUAACAUGUUUUACUCACAAAUAAAAUUCUUUAAUCAGUUUCCUUGUCUAAA